CACAAAAGCGUGUCGCUAGUCAAUACGCCGACCUCGCAUAAAAAGAAAGGAGUCCCAUCAGCUGAGGGACUUUCAUCUUUACUUGCACUUUUUCUUUUGUAUGCUGUCUUCAGUAUUUUUCCCUUCAACAUGGGCAGUAUUCAAGAAGAUUACACCUUGAGCGAAGCUCAGAAAGCUCAUUUCCUCGAACACGGCUACGUCAAAAUCCCACAAUGCUUCACCCGCGAACAAGCAACAAAGUUCACAGAAGGAAUGUGGACAAGAUUAGGCAUGUCUCCUACUGAUAAAUCAACAUGGACCAAAGAGAAAACGAAUAUGCCCUACCAUUAUCAUGUACCCGUUUCUGAGUUUUCGCCAAAAGCAUGGUCUGCUAUGGGACAAUUGUUGGGCGGCGUAGAUAGGAUUUCGGAAAAGCCGGGGUUUAGGGGUUGGUCAGAUGGAUUUAUUGUCAAUUUGGGCCGAGAUGGGUAUAAGGCCGAGGAUGAGUUGAAUUUGAGAUCUUUGGACAAUUGGCAUAAUGAUGGAGACUUUUUUGUGCAUUUUCUCGACAGCCCUGAGCAAGCACUACUUGUCAUUCCACUAUGGAGUGACAUCGAGCAUAAAGGAGGUGGUACUGCUGUAUGCAGCGAUGGCAUCAAAUACAUCGCAAAACAUCUGUAUGAUCAUCCUGAGGGUACGACCCCAUGGAUGCGCUCAGUCAACGACCCAUCCCAUUCAGCCUAUGAAGGCCGCGAUUUCUGGUCUGAAAUUGCAUGGAACUCAUCCAAAACGAGAGACGAGAGCUUUCACGAAGUUACAGGCCAAGUAGGAGACGUUUUCCUCCUCCAUCCCUUGAUGUUACACUCCGCAUCCAAAAACUUGUUGCGAGUCCCAAGAAUAAUCACCAACCCGCCCGUCAGUUUGAAGGAGCCUUUUUGCCUCGACAGGGAGGAUCCGAGCCAAUACAGCUUAGUUGAACUCAAAACUCUUAAGGAUCUUGGGAUGCCUGAUGGAUUGAAAGGAUGGAAGAUAACAGGACCAAGGAGGGACUGGAUUUCUCAGCGCAUAAGAAGGCAAGAGGAGGAAAGAACGAAAGAAGUAGAAAGAUUGAAGUCAAAGUAGAUUCAUGUGUCUGCCUAGCUCACCUGUAAAGUACGUAUGUCCAGCAGCCACACCAUACUACACCAACAAACGAGCUUCUCUACCUUGCGUAGCCCUUACUCUCCUAUUUCUUGUGCGUCC